GAUGAGUGUGAGUCAGCUUGGGACUGCGUUGUAAUCGUGAGGGUAACGGGCUGGUUGGCUCGAUAAUCGACAACUCUCAUUUAGUCAUACACGGCUUCUCAGAUCGAUAUGACGUGUUGGCGGAGGAGGACGCGGCCGGAGUACGCGAUCUGUACGUUCGCGGAACGUAACGCUCGUCGAUAGAGUUUCUGCGGUAUAUAGGUGUUGUUGACGGAUAUUUUCUUUCUUUCUGUUUUAUUUCUUGCGGAUAAAGAGUCUCGCGAUAACCUCGCGACUUCCUUAUGCUGAGCCGGACGGAGUUGUGUAAUGGAGUUACUUGAUGAUGAGAUUGAGAAAUUCGAGGUCUGCUAGUCUUGAGAUAGCGAAAGUAUGGCAGCGGCACAAGGCACACCGGAGUCAGACACUGGCAGUUUCGAGUGCUUCAGAAACUACACCGCGCCAGAGGUAUUUGUGCAAGGUCUGGCCGGCAUUGUCGACCAGCAGGAUGUAGAGUCUAUGAUACGUGCGCAGAAACAAAUGUUGCAAAGGUUCGAGAAGACCAAUGAGAUGUUGACCAACUGUAAUCAGUUGUCGAUAAACAGACUGAAGACAGCUGGCACCGAGUUCAAGAAGCACACUGCUCUUCUAAUCGAGAUGAAGAGGGAUUUGGAUUAUAUCUUUAAGAGGAUUCGUCUGGUAAAGAACAAACUGAGCCAGCAAUACCCGCAGGCGUUCAAUGAGGCUGUGAGGAGCAGUUUGGCGGAGGAGGUUAUCGUGGAGGAUAUCGAUUGUCCGGUGAAGCCCCUCGAGCCAGAGAUCGUGCCACUGCCGUCCGCUCCGGUUCCCUGUGCCGCCGAUCGUGAUCCCGAUUCAGACGGUAAUGAGACCUCCACUACAAAUAGUCAUAUCGCUAAGGAAUAAGACCGUCCCGACUUCCUCGCGGAAGCCGACGAACGUUCGAAUGUAAAACACGUAAAGUAAGCCUACGGAGCGCACGAGUGGGCGGUGUGAUUCAGGUAACAUAUUACAAUUUCUAAUGUGUACACGUGUGUGGCGGAGGCGACACACGAGUCUGUGCUUUGUUGUAAGACUUAAAGAGGAUCUGUUUAGUCUGUACCACUGUUUAAAGAUUGAGACGACUUUAUUGUUGCGAAAUGUAUGUAAGUACGUUAUAGCUGUGAAUGCAUAAGAGACUCUAUUUUAAAGAGAUAUUUCUACUAGAGAUCGAUGUUUAACGAGAAGUAAACGUGUCUCGCUUCUGAAGAUUGCAUCUUACCUGACACUUUGUGCAUUUUCUCUCCUUAUGUGGGAGAGAGGAUAUUGGUACAAAACCGCAAAGGUACAGGAGUAUCGAUCGCGGCGAGUCGACAUUUUCGCUCCGAUUAUUUUCGCAGGUCUCUCUCGUACGAAUGACAAAGAGUA